AUGUCCUAUGACCGGUUCUUGGCCAUCUGUAAACCGCUACAUUAUACAGCAAUAAUGAGUGUCCAGCUUAGAUACAGCCUGGUCAUCUCCUCCUGGGUACUUGGCUUGAUGUUUGUACUCAUAACACUUGUACUUGUAUGUGACUUAGACUUCUGUGGGCCGAAUGUGAUCAACCAUUUCUUUUGUGACUUAGCUCCACUUUUAGAACUUUCUUGCUCAGACACCACAGUUGUGGGUAUUGACAUUUUUAUCCACUCUAUUCUAAUAGUUCUAUUACCUUUCUUAUUCAUUAUUAUAACUUAUGUUCAUAUCUUUAUCACCAUCUUUGGAAUUUCCUCCAUAUCAGGCCGACAAAAAACCUUUUCCACCUGUAGUUCUCACUUGGCGGUUGUCUCUAUCUAUUAUGGGUCCAUGCUCAUGAUCUACAUGGUCCCUCAGAGAGGACAUUCACUGACUGUUAACAAGUUUGUUUCCCUUUCCUAUAUUGUUCUAACCCCCUUUCUAAAUCCUUUGAUAUACAGUCUAAGAAACAAAGAUCUCCAGUCUUCUAUGAUUAUAUACCUAAUGGCUUGUAUUAGGAAAAGUGUCUUGUAG